GUGUCAUCUCCAGUCCCCUGUUCUACUCCCUAAAAGCGUGUAAAAAAAUAAAAACUUUUGUCCUACAAUUACUAUCGUAUUAGUUCUAACCGGAGAAGAUUGGAGUACAAGGAACGAGAGAAGAACCGAACCUGAAGUGUCUGUAUCAAAAUUGAAGGGUAAAUAUAUGCGUAACUACCAACUACGGCGAGAAAGAGAGACUGGGCUUUACUGUUAACUGAAGUUCAUCAUAUUGAAAAGGUUCUACUCUGUGGAGAAAUAGUUAACGGGUGCCUUCCUGAUUAUUCAAGCUGAGGGAGUUCUUCAGUCAGGUUUUCUCAAUUAAGAAAUGAGUGAACGCUUAUUUCUUAUUUUGGAGCCUGACUGAGAACAAAAAGCUUUCCGGUUGGCAUCUGGAAAGUAAAUAGCUUUUUCUUGGCACUCAUUUUCAUUUGUUUUCUUGGGUACUUAUCUCAUUAGUUUGAAUAUCAAUAAAUGGAAAAAAAUAUGGAAAAUGCUAAAAUGGGCCAAUUGAAGAACUAUGAACAAGUUCAUUAUAGUUCUGCAGAGGCUAGAAAUCAGGGGCUUGGUUCUGUGAACCAAUGGGCUUUUCAGGAUCCAUACAAUUCGAUUAAAACUUAUAUAAGACCACCCGAUCUCAAUUUACCAGUUGGAGCUAGAGCUGAUCUCAAUUUACCAGUUGUCGCUAGACCUGUUCUCAACUAUUCUAUUCAGACUGGUGAGGAGUUUGCUCUUGAAUUUAUGCGGGAAAGGGUGAAUCCAAUGCAGCACAUUGUUCCAAAUUCCUCUAAUGAGCCUAAUAAUGCACCAGUGUAUAUGGAUGUAAAGGGAACGCUUGGAAUAUUUCAUACAGUUUCUGAUAGUGGACUUGAUACUUCCACUAUCCCCUCUGUAGAAAAGAGGAGAAUCCAAAAUCCGGAGAGCAAUGCCUCCUCUCUAAAUGGAGAAAAGGUUUAUGGUCAGCCCUUUCAGCCUGUGAAUCAAACCUCAUCUGAAAGUAAGAGUAGUCACGGUUUUCAAAGUCAUACUUCUUCAAGGGCUUCUGGUAGCUCAUCAACAAUUGUAAAGAUUCUCUGCAGUUUUGGUGGUAAAAUUUUGCCUCGUCCAAAAGAUGGAAAGCUUCGGUAUGUUGGAGGUGAAUCACGUAUUGUCCGGAUAAGCAGGGAUAUUUCUUGGGAGGAGCUUGUGCAGAAAACAUGGAUAAUAUAUAAUCAACCUCAUACAAUCAAAUAUCAGCUUCCUGAUGAGGAUCUUGAUGCAUUGGUGUCAGUCUCCUGUGAAGAGGACCUGCACAAUAUGAUGGAGGAAUUUUAUGUACUUGAAGAUGGUGGAUUCCAGAAACUCCGGAUAUUUCUUAUUUCAAAUGACGACUUAAAUGAUUCUCAGCUUGGUCUCGAGAAUGUAGAAAGUGAUUCCGAGCUUCAAUAUGUUGUUGCCGUGAAUGGCAUGGACUUUGGAUCCAGAAGAAGCUCCAUCGCUAUGGAGAACACUUCAGGAAUCAACUUGGAGGAGUUACUGAGUUUAAGUGUUGAGCAGGAGACCGGUCAAAUUGCAGUUGGCUUAGCAGUGGCUGGUUCUGUGCAUCGAGAAGUUGGUAUUCCAAACCAAUCUUCUCAGAUGAUGCUACCAACUUCAUCACCUGCUUUUGAGUCCAAUCCACGUGGUUAUCCGGUGCAAACAAUGAAUCACGGACAGAGUGAAUUGCACACUUUCCACCAGAUAGACUGCUUCCCAGAUGUGGGUUACAAAAAUAAUAUCCCACCAGCUGUUCUAGUGCAACAUAAUUAUGGUUCUCAUCCAUCAAAUCAUGUGCCAGUUGCUGAAAACUUGAUUCCACAUUCUAUUUAUGGGCACAUGACUUCAAAAGGGGCUAUGGCUGUGGGGCAGCCACAUGGUAGCUUGAAAGCAAAGGUUCCAGAAGUGUCAAUAUCAAAGACGACGGUUAAAAAUGAAACUACAAUCCCUAAGAAGGUUGAGUUUUUUAAGGAACAUUCUCUGGAAAAGGAAUUGCUUCUGAAGGAUGCAAAGAUGACAGAAGAGAACACAAUCCAGAAAAUCAGUGAGUCUAAUAGGAUGCAGACAGUCAAAAAUGAGAAGAUUAUCUCUUCACAUCAAUAUGAAAGUUCAUCUUUAAAUGCCAUAACACGAGAGGAUGCAUCCAUCAUUAGUGCUGCAGAAGACACAGGAACUCGUGUUGUUCAAACAACAGGUAGUGAGAAGAGCCAGGAUUCUAUGAGUAGUUCAGUUCCUCUGGAUACUGUCAAGGAAGGAAAUAUGCAAAAGAUUGAUGUGGAAAACCAGUUUUAUAAAUCUGGUAAAGCAUUUAUGCCUGUCCAUGGUGACUCGGGGGAUUAUUCAAAUGAUUUCAACCACGAUGCAGAGGUGCUUCCUCAGAGCCUUUUUCGUUCAGAAAGAAUUCCCAGAGAACAGGCAGGGCUUAAUCGUUUGUCCAAGUCUGAUGAUCAUUCUGGUUCCCAGUUCCUAAUGACUCAUGCCCGAUCAGAUGUUUCCCAACAGAUGACUGAAUCAAUUGACAAGUUAACUGAUUGGAAUGUGGAUUCUCAGAAUGAAGAAUUUCUUGCUUCUGCAAAAUCUGUGCUUACGAACGAACCUGCUAUUGAAGAGAAGAGUGAAUUUAAGAAGUCAAUCACAGUUACUGAUUACAUUGGUGCAAAGAAUUCCAGUGUUCAUGAUGAAAAUCUCAAGUCAAAUCUUUACAAGCCUGACCGAAAUGCUGUAGUACUUCCUGAUAGGGAUUCUUCUGCGUCCAAUUUCCCUAUGACUGGCCGAAGUUCUGAAAAUCCCCAAGAUGAAUCUGCUUCUAACCUUACUAAGCUUCACUGGGGAAAGAUAAGUGGAAAAACCUUCGAGGAGCCAAUACAGCCUCCGACUGAAGAAGCAAAUCCUGCUGUAACUUCUUGCCAAGGAAAACCCUCUGUUGGCGACAGCAAUUCAGAACAAGCAAACAUUCUUAUUGAUAUUAAUGAUCGUUUUCCUCGAGAUUUCUUGCCUGAUAUAUUUUCUGAGGCUAGAGUUGUAGAUAGCUCAGCAGGUUUUUCUCCACUGCGGAGGGAUGGAAAUGGUUUGAGUUUAAACGUGGAACAUGAACCUAAGCACUGGUCAUUCUUUCAGAAGUUAGCAAAAAAUGAUUUUGCAAGAAAAGACAAGUCCCUCAUGGAUCAGGAUCAUCUUAGUUUGUCAUCUACUCAUGCCAAUAUUGGAGAAGUCGAGUCCAUUGAAAAUAGUUAUCGACUUUCUAGAGCUAGUGGAAAUGCAAUGGAUCACAUUGAUUCCUGUAGCAAUUUUGAGGAUGAUACUCAGCAGCAACCAAGUAGCAUUAUCAGACCAGACACCAUGAAGUUGCCUUCUGAUUAUGAUCCUCCCCAGACCUCUGGCGUUCCAAUUCUGCAAUUUGAUGGUCAAAUGGAUUCGAGGAUACCUGAAUCUGAGUAUCAGGAUGAGAAGGAAGAAGCACCGCGUACCAAGUUACCUCUUGUUGACAUCUCCCUAAGAGAUUUUGAUCUCCAUAUGCUGCAGAUUAUAAAGAAUAAGGAUCUUGAAGAGUUGAGGGAAUUAGGUUCUGGAACCUAUGGGACUGUUUAUCACGGGAAGUGGAAGGGUUCUGAUGUUGCUAUCAAAAGAAUAAAGAAGAGUUGUUUCACGGGUCGCUCAUCAGAGCAGGAGCGACUGGCUGUGGAGUUUUGGCGCGAAGCUGAAAUUCUUUCAAAGCUUCACCAUCCCAAUGUAGUAGCGUUUUAUGGUGUAGUGCAAGAUGGCCCUGGAGGAACACUUGCAACGGUCGCAGAAUAUAUGGUGAAUGGUUCCCUUAGGCAUGUUUUAAUUUGCAAGGACAGGCAUCUGGAUCGUCGCAAGCGGCUCAUAAUUGCAAUGGAUGCGGCUUUUGGAAUGGAAUAUCUGCAUUCAAGGAAUAUAGUGCACUUUGAUUUGAAAUGUGACAACUUGCUUGUCAACUUGAAGGAUCCUUCCCGACCCAUAUGCAAGGUGGGUGAUUUUGGAUUGUCAAAAAUCAAAAGAAAUACAUUGGUUACUAGUGGUGUCAGGGGAACCCUUCCAUGGAUGGCUCCAGAGUUACUAAAUGGUGGCAGUAGUAAGGUUUCUGAGAAGGUUGAUGUCUUCUCCUUUGGGAUUGUACUUUGGGAAAUUCUUACUGGUGAAGAACCCUAUGCCAAUAUGCAUUAUGGAGCUAUCAUAGGUGGAAUAGUAAAUAACACAUUGAGGCCACCCGUGCCAAGCUUCUGUGAUCCCGAAUGGAGAUUACUUAUGGAGCAAUGUUGGGCUCCAGAUCCAAUGCUUCGUCCAUCCUUCACUGAAAUUGCUAGACGCUUGCGUAAAAUGUCUGCUGCGAGCAUAACUAGACCACAAGGUCUUGCAACACAGACUCAGUUAUCCAAAUGAAGACAUGAUAUAAGCACACGUGUCUAUAUAUAAAUUGCUUUAGUUUCUUAAGAUGACUGGCAUACUCUGUACAGUAUCGUGUAUCAUGCACACGAGAGAUUGAGUUCUCAUCACGAUCGUGCAUUGAUGGAUUUGUGUAUAAGAUAAUGAUUUUGAACAUAUGGUUUGGUGCAAUAAAUGAAAAAUUAUUACAUUUGUUG